AUGAGCGUCAUAAACCUUAUGCUAGUGGCUAGUUUUUUAGGCUUCUAGGACGGGUGUAAGCGACACCACACGUACCUUGCUGGUUGCCUCUAGAGGAAGCAGGGAGUGGAUAAUUACACGACAGAGUUUUGCUGGGUUUUUUUAUACAGUGACACUAUCGAAACGGAAUAUCUAUAGUGGUACCUUUCUGCCACCUUUAUGUGAGGUCUCAAACCUAAGGGAACGGGUCAUUGACUGGAGGAGAGAAGCAGAGAAAGUAUUUGAUCACAGAAGCCUGGAUACAUUUUUUAGUUUUUUUUUUUUUUCUCUUCAGUCACUGAAACGGCUGCAGAUAAGCAGUUUUACAGCACGCUAUAAGGACCAUGGAGGCCAUUGCCAAAUACGAUUUCAAAGCUACUGCUGAUGAUGAGCUUAGUUUCAAACGUGGAGAUGUCCUCAAGGUAUUAAAUGAAGAGUGUGAUCAAAACUGGUACAAGGCAGAGCAGGAUGGAAGAGAAGGCUUCAUCCCCAAGAAUUACAUACAGAUGAAACCCCAUCCGUGGUUCUUUGGGAAGAUUCCCCGUGCCAAAGCAGAGGAGAUGCUAAACAAACAGAGGCACGAUGGCGCUUUCCUCAUCAGAGAGAGCGAGAGUGCACCGGGGGAUUUCUCUCUGUCUGUGAAGUUUGGAAAUGAUGUCCAGCACUUCAAGGUUCUUCGUGACGGAGCUGGGAAGUAUUUCCUAUGGGUGGUGAAGUUUAACUCCCUCAAUGACUUGGUGGAAUACCACCGCUUGAACUCAGUCUCCCGCAAUCAGCAGAUCUUUCUUCGAGAUAUAGAGCAGGUCCCCCAGAAUCCCACAUAUGUGCAGGCGCUCUUCGACUUUGACCCCCAGGAGGAAGGCGAGUUGGGUUUCCGACGCGGCGACUUCAUUCAAGUCCUGGACAACUCUGAUCCCAACUGGUGGAAAGGAGGCUGCCACGGCCAAACGGGCAUGUUCCCUCGCAACUACGUCACGCCUGUCAGUCAGAACAUGUAAACAGUCAGACCAUGUAAACAACAACCACCACCACAACAGCAACCAUCACCACCACCACCACCACCAUCAUCAUCGUUUUUGAUCUCAUCUGAACCCCACCCUUCCCAAACCCAACCCCCUUCCCACCUCUCUCUCGGCCAUCCCACGAUAACGGGAGCAAAGAGAACGCAAACAACUGAAAGACAGAGAAUAAAAAUGACAGGAGCAACGCUGUCGUGGGCGACGCUGUGUGGGUGACAGCUGAGCAAAAAAAUCAACUUUUAUAUGUGCUGAGAAUGUUCACAGUGAACGCCUCAGCGAGGACCGAACUGUCUUUGAGGGAAAUCUAGAUGCAGCAUACAUUAGCGUCCUGCUUCAACCGUGAAGAUAACCAAAUGAUUCAACCGCUCCCACAGCUGCUUCUGUCUCCUCCUUAACUUCCUAACAGUCUGCCUUUCUUUUGUUCUGCUUUCUUUGCCACUUUUUGUUUUAAUCAACUGAACGAAGAGCCUACUGAUGAAUCCUAACUCUGUUUUAAAGAAAAGAAAAUACAUAAAAAUAUAUUAAAAAAAAAAAA